AUGGUCGCAAAAGAAGAAGAAGAAGUAGAGGCGGAGUGGAUCUCCGGGGACGAGUUGGAGUUAUUCGAAGGAAAAUCAAAUUGGGUGGACGCGUCGAAGCACGGAUGUUUGUCGAAACUUUUAAGCGCCGCCGAGUUCGGCAACGCUGAUUUUUGUUCGGAAGCUUUGAGAGAUAUCGAAGACGAAUUUGUAAACGCGAAAGGGGACGAUGGAGAUACGAGUUUACAUUUAGCGUGUUUGUACGGACACGUGGACGUGGUGAAGGUUUUGUUGAGCGAUGAGAGAGUCGAUGUGAACGCGAGGGAUGACGACGAUGGAACGAGUUUGGCGGAUGCGUCGGCGAGUGGAUUUCACGAAAUCGUUGCAUUGCUUCUCGCGAAGAAAGGGAUAGAAGUGAAUUUGAAAGACUCGGACGGAGAAACCGCGCUAGAUUGCGCGAUACGAGGGGAACACGAGAAGUGCGUGGAAUUGUUGAAAGCAGCUGGAGGGAAGGAAGGCGAGUUGUGA